AUAAGCAACUGUUUUCCUUUGUAGCCCAAUUGCUGAAGAAGAUAUAGCAUGAAACAGAGAUUUUUCAAUGGCUGGACUGAAAUAAAUUAGCCAUAUCUAUAGUAAGAAAAUAUUUUGAAAUGCAGCUGAAAUUUUAUAAUUUUGUGGACUUCUAGGUCAGUGAUGCAACUAUCAAAGACAAUAUUUGGAAAAUAAAGUUAUGUGAAAUAAUCAUUAUUAGGUACUGCAAGACAGCCUGGAAUCUGUUCUGUUUCUACCAUUCAGUUCAGAUAUUUUUUUUCUUGACUAUUUCUGAAUUCAAGCAGGAUGCUGAUCAUCUUUGUUUUGUUCACUGUGAUACAUGUUUCAAGCACAUUAUAUGGACCAAGGCUACUGAUAAGUCAUGUUGGUGGAUCAGUGACAAUCAAAUGCUAUUAUGUAACCACAUCAGUGAAUAGACACGACAGAAAAUUUUUGUGCAAGGAAUCUCUACAUAUAAGCUGUCAAACUAUCAUUUCUAGCAAUGCUUUCAUUGAUCAGAAUUACAAAGAAAGAGUGUCAAUGUACAACAACCCUCAGCAAGGGAUUUUGCAAGUGACAAUAAGAGAGCUGAAAAAGACAGAUUCCAGUUAUUAUAGAUGUGGCAUUGGCAAGAUAUAUAAUGGUUUAUAUGCUAGAGUGAAUUUAACAAUUUUAGAAGGCCAGUAUUUGCCCAAAUCCCCUCAAAUUGUUUGGGGUAAGCUGACUGGAUCAGUGGAGCUCCAAUGUCCAUCUGAAACUCCCAUGCUGGAAAUGAAGACAUUCUUGUGCAAGAUGACCCGUACUGGUUGUUUUCCCAUAGUGGGCAAAAGCAAGAAUAGACAGCACAGUCAUCAAAUUAUUAUGACAAAUGGAAAUAGUUCAAGAACUUUCAGUGUUACUAUAAAUGGUUUGAAAAGACAAGACUCUGGAGUCUAUGUAUGUGGGACAAGAAAAUUGGACAAGAAUGCAAGUGUAAAAACCAUACAACUGCAGGUUGUGGAGGAAUCAGUUUUCUCUAAUAUCUUAAAUGAUACCCAAACUAUAUAUGAAUCACAGACUACACCUUCGUACUGGCAUGUGACAUCUACAGAUGAAGUCUACAAAAAAAGCACACUAAUCAUCCCCACAGUUGGAAGAUCAACAGCAAUUGAACUGAGCAGAUCUUCAUACAGUGAACAAAAUCUAUUGGCAAUUGCGAUACCAGUUCCUGUUCUACUUCUACUUUUUGCUGUCACAGUUAUUUUGAUUCUUCUUAAACUAAGACAAAGGAAGACUGCAUCACUUAACAUUCUUUCAAAAAGUCCUGAAGGAGAAAUGCCAUCGACUAGUCAAAAAUGUUUGGAGGAACAUACCCAAAAUGAUAAUAGAAAUUCAGCAAAUGAAGAUGAGUGUGCUUUAAAUUCUGAUGAAGCAAAGGCCACAGUUACUAUCUAUUGUUUGGUCAAUCCUGAAGACUCCAGUAAAAAUGACUGACUGCCUUCAAAAUAUCUUUGCUCAUAUUACAUAGAGAACCUAUGGAGAUACCUGUUAGAUUAUGCAGAUACAGUUACCACUUUGUAUUAGCUUCUUUCUCCACCUUAUUUUGUAAUGUAAUCUCUUCCCAUGUCCACUUUACUGGAAUGAAAUUUGCUAAGAUUUAGCAGUAUGCUUAGGAAUCUGGGAGUAAUGGCGGAAUGAGUAACAACCAUGUCACAAUGUCAUUGUGCCUAAUGAUGUGACUUUCUUAAUUGCAAUAGUCUUCAAAAUGGGAAUAAUGCUAAUUACAUAAUCAUAUCAUUUGUGUGACAAUGUCAUGAUGCACUGAGACUUCCCCUUGAAAACAGGCAACUAGACAGACAACUAGCUUGCAUCACUAAAGGUUCAAAUAAUCACCAGGAGGCACAAAUUCAGUCCCACAAAUUACAGUGAUUGUAGAUCAGCAUUUACUGGAUGCCAUCUUAGUUUUAUUAAAGGGCACUUAGAUAUCUGAUAUAGGCUGUUCCAGUGCAGCAGCUGGCAGUAUAGGAGCUGCUGGUUAUAAUUACCCCAGUGUUCCCAGUUCCUAAAGUUACUCAUUUUCUUUUCUUAAAUUAUUGUGUUGUCUCAUGAGUAAGAUGAUCAUUUAUCUUGCUCAUUCAAAAAGAAGGGCUUAAUUGACCCUCAGUUUAAUUUCCAUUGUGAGAACUUGCUGUGCUAGAAGCUUUUUUGGAUAUAACAUCCAGUAGUUAUUUUAUACAACAGUGUUCUUUUAUGUUCUUGAUCAACUUGAGGGUUUUAGUACAUUUUACAUUCAUAACCAAAAUUGCCAUUUACCUAAUCUCCAUCUUGUAGUAUAAUUAGACAUAAUACAUUUGUCUGUAUGAUAGAAAGCAGGUGUAGCUACAAAGCUCUGCUGUAACAUAUUUGCCUAUGUGCAUGUGUGUAUUUAAAAUUAUAAAUACACAUAUAUAGAUGUAACGUGUGCGCCUGUAGAAAUAUGUAAAACCUACCUAGCUUAAACUGAUUUGGAAUUUAGUAAUGAUGGUAACCGUAUUAAAUAGUAAUAACAAUAAAAACAAUAAUUGUUUUUUUAAAAAAAUAAUGCUUUGAGGCUUCUAAGAGAUGUCUAACACUGUAUGCAUCUCUCUCUCUCUCUCUCUCUCUCUCUCUCUCUCUCUCUCUCUCUCACACACACACACACACACACACACAUAAUUACACACCAGAGGUCUACAUUUAUUCACACUAUGCUAAAUUAAGCCAAUUUUUUUUCAAAGAAAGACAGACAGUUCUUGAUUGCAAUUUGCUACAGUCUCUUAAUUUCUCAAAUUGCUGGCAUAUUAAUAGUUGUUUCCUGGUAAUUCAAUUUCAAAGAGUAAUAGCAGUUAUUGAAAUCUGAAUUUGUAGCUUGAAGUCCUAGCCCUCAUGAUAAGAACUCAUAAUUAGUUUACAACUCACCAUAAAUCAGCUGCCAAGCAAUAAGUCAACAUUUUUCUCUUCAGAUUGCCGCAUAAAUGAAGUGUCCAAUCUAAAGAGCUAAACUAAAUAGUUCAGGAAGAUUACAGUGACACUUUAGUAAAGUGCAGCCUUGGGCACAAUUCUUCUGAUAAUAUUUAAUGGCAAAGAAACAAAUAAUUCUGCAACUGUGGUUAUGUACUCCAGGGGACUUUGGUCUUCUCUGUGUGGUAAAUAGUAUAGGCUAGACGUCUUCAAACCUGGUCCUUUUAAGACUUGUGGUAUUGUUGCAGGAUGUAACCUGUUCUAAGUAAAGCUGCCUUUUGUAAUUGACUGAUGAUUUUGUCAAUGCCAAUGGUAUUCAAAUGAUGCUCCAGAUGCUCCAAGAUACCUAUUACUAUGGGUUCUAUCUUUGCUUUCUUUUGCCACAGUUGUUUUAGUUCUAUUAACAGGUCUUUGUAUUUUGUGAUUUUCCCCAGUUCUUUGUCUUCUAUUCUUUUCGCUAUUUCCAGGUAUUGCAAUAUCCAUUAUCCAAACUUUUUUUUUCUUAUCAACAUGAUUAUGCCUGCAGUGUUGUAUGGCAGAUGCUUGUCUGUUUGAAUUCUAAAGUUCUAGAACACAUUUUCUUUAUUUUCUUUUUUUUUUUGUCUAUUUGUGAUCCCACCAGUUCUUGCUUGCCAGUCCAAAGUCCAGUGCAAAAUCCAUAUAUUUGGACAAUGUUAAGUAGUGAUUCUAUUUCAAAUCAUCAAUGUAGAGGGGCUGGCAGAUGUUUUUUAUGUUUGAUAGCCAUGUCUGACUUCUUCUGUAUCAUUGACAGAGGAAUCAAUGUCAUGACAAACAGUAGUGGUGAUAGUGAAUUUCCCUGAAAGAUUCCUAUCUUGAUAUUAACCUCUCCCAAUAUAUUUUACCAUUGACUAGCAGUUGUGCCUUCUAUUAUGCUAUUGGUCUUUUCACAAAGCUUCAGAUGUUUUUACUGACUCCUAUUAUUUUUAGGUUCUUGAUUAUCUAGUCAUGUGGCAGGGAGUCAGAUACCUCCUUGUAAUCAAUUAAGCUACAUUCAAGUUGGUCUUUCUUUUCUUACAGUUUUCCAAAAUCAUUUUGUCAAUUAAGAACCGAUCUUUUAUUCCUCUGCUGUUUCUUUCUGCUUUGGUGGAAAUAACUUGUUUUCAACUGGAUGCUGUUGGACUGCCUCUACUACCAUACUAGUUAGCAAUUUUAAUGUUGGUAAUCAGGUAAUUGGCCAGUAGCUACUUGGUGCUGCCCCCUUUGUUGGAUCUUUCAUUAUCAGGUAGAUUUUGCCAGAUGUUAAUCAAUCUUCAAUUUCAGUUCCUUGCUAUAUAUUGUUAAAGUGCUUGGAAAUGAGUGAGUGCAGACUGGCCAGAUGAUUCAACCAAAUAUUAUGCAGUUCAUUUUCAUGUGGCGCUGACCAGUUCUUGAUCUUCCUUGCCCUUUUCUCUAUCAUUUCUGUUGUUAUUAGAAGUUCUUUCAUUUCAACUUUUUUCCCUUCUCCACUUCCAUUAUCCAAGCUGCAUUCUUGUUGUAUUUCUUUGUAUUGUUCUAUAUUGUGCCCAGAACUGCACUGUUUUUUUCUUGUCAGAUGUUGGAUGGUUUGUUGCAGUCACUCCAUUAAUGAAUUGGUAAAAACUUUUCUGAUUAGACUAAAAUGGGAGACUCUGGCUGAAAGGUGCAAUUCAAGCUUUGUACCUGCCUAUUUUCUUAGCUACGGCUGUUAUUUCCUGCUUUACUGUUUCCAGGACUUACUUGAUCUCCCUUGUCUCUUGUUGUUAUUUCUGGAUUGGAUAUUAUUUAGUCUUUCCUUCCUUUUCAGCUUUUCUUGCCCAGUCUUCCAUUUUAGUGGUGGUACAUAGUUUAGGUUUUUUUCUUGUUAUUGGUUGCUUUUGUAUCCAAGAUUUUCAGUUAUAACUGCAGCUGUGUUGUACAUCACUUGGUUUGUUUCUUGCAGUGAGCUAUUGCUUAUAUUUGAUAUUACAAUAUUGGCAUAUUUUAAUACUUUGGCUAACUGGUUUUUUUUGUUUUUGUUUAAAGCAGAUUACUUCAUUCUGUUACUUUUGUGCUGUUCUAGAUGCUCAGUUAUUCUUCAUUUCAGUUCCUCUUAUUUUUCAAUUGCAGGACUUUGUUCUUUCUGAGGAGAAGGUAGAGGAGAAGCUGCUUUGUUUGGGAAUGAGAAUGAUUCAUUAGCAAUGCUGGCUUUCUCUAUUACCAACUCCUCAUUUUCCUCUUCUGUCUGAGCUACGUCUAGCAAGACUUCAGGGUUUAUUACACUGGGCAGACCUUUGCAAUUCUUCUAAUUCUAUUUCUGUAAAUACUUUAUUUCAUAUUAUAAAUUGUAUUGAUAUGCUAGUCCCUGCCCUAUUAUUAUUGAUUCUGGAUGUAGUUCUUCUAGAACUGGUGCAUUCUUUUCCAAUAUCCUCUUCUCACUGGUCUUGAUUUGUAAUAGCAAAUUGUUAUUUGUUUUUUGUUUUCAGUCUUUGUAUAUUUGCGAUGGGUAAGCAAUUCUUCUUUCAAUAGUCCUGCAGCUCCUGCUCCUGAUUGCUCAGCUAAUAGUCCUGAGUCCUAUAGCCCACUUGUCACCUGAUGUCCAAGAUCUCCAACACUGACCACAGUCCUAGUUGACCCAAGCAAGGAUUGAUACAGUCUAAUUUUCUGUAAGUUAUAUGUCCCCAUACUGUUUACAGGAGAGACACACUCCAUCUGGAUCCUCAGAUGGGACCUGUCCAGUAUGGUUGAAUCUCUGGGAUAGCUCUCACCUUCCUCAGAGCAUGCAAGGUCCACGAGCAUGUGCUUCACUAGAGGAUUAUAUUUUUUAUCCCAUCUUUUUUAUCCCACACUUUUAUAUCUAUAACUCAAGGCAGCAAACAUACCUACUCCUGCCUACUAUUUUCCAACAAUAACUCUGGGAAUUGAGUGGGGCUGAGAGAGAGUGAUAACCCAGUGACCCAGCUGGAUUUCAUAUUUAAGGGAGGCCUUGAAUGAAAUCCCCUGCUUUCUAGGCCAGCACCUUAACUAUUACACCUAUAAUAUCUUUUUAUAUAGUAAGCUGUUUUUUUUAAAAAGGGGGGGGGGAGAUGAUCACAUCUGUUUGAAGUGUUCAUUAAA